AGGAGACGGACAUCUGUUAUCCAUUUUCAGAAACCAUAUACAGUCCUUGCGUUUUGGAGGUUAUGUGUCGGCAACUUAGUGGGUUCAUUUUCGUAGGGUAGUCGAAAAGGAUUAUAAGUUACUGCUGUUUCAAAACGAAUGUUCUUUAUGAGUGAUGUUUCCUAUAGAUGUUCAGUAAACCAGGAUGUUCAGAUAUGUCAUUAGGUGAAGUUUCAAUGAAGUCAACAUCCUAACCUAUAUUACUGGAAUGAUCUCAGUACAUAGUGGUCUUGUGAUCAACUUUUUGUACUGAAAUUACACAUUUUUAGACAGCUCGUACAACAUGCAGGCAAUCACAGUUUUCCGAAAUAUUGUAAUAAAUACUGUGAAAAUGUGCCGAACAUUCUCUGUCACAAAGCUUGAAAAUACACAUUGCAGGUUGAACAGUAAGUGUGUGUCUGAUCAGAUGCAAAAUGAAAUUUCAGAGCGUUCAAACCAAGUACCCUCAUUGGAAGAUGAAAAUGCUGAGUGCAUGAACCUGGAACUGAAUGUUGAUGCAGAUAGAAAGGACACAUCAGUAAUAGAACCAUGUACUGAAGAUAUAUCUACAUUUUCACCAUACAUUCGACCUUCUUUCAACUUUGCUGCUUACAUUAACAACUCUCCAGUGCUCCAAGAACUAAUUAAACUUGGUGUCAAUCUACAUAGACUUGAAAGAAGGAAAGGUGUCCCAGAAUUUAUCCUACAAAUGGACUUCAACCAAAACAUGAAAGAGCAUAUUAGGUUUUUACAUGAUUUGGGAGUUCCAGCAGAUGAACUGGGAGAUUUCAUAACAAAAAAUCCAUGGAUAUUUAAAGAUGAAUUGGAUAAUCUCCAAGUUCGUGUUAACUACCUCCAGUCAAAGAAAUUUUCAGCAGAAAUGAUAACGAGGGUAGUACGAAAAAAUCCACAUUGGUUAUCGUUCAGCGCUGAGAACAUAGAUCAAAGAUUAGGUCAUUUUCAGAAGACUUUCAAGUUAAAUGGCGAUGAAGUCCGGAGCCUGGCAGUAGGAAAACCAAAACUUGUCACAUACGAUAUGACUCACAUUAAGAGAAAUACAUUUUCACUGAAAGAAGAAAUGGGUUUCAGUGAUGAUGAAAUGCGAAGUUUGCUGCUAAGACAGCCAAAAUUAUGGUUGAAAAGUAACAAGCCGCUGCUGGUGGUGUUUGAUUAUGUGCACAAUGUCAUGAAGUUGACUCAUCAACAGAUUGUUGAUUUUCCAGAAAUUCUCAAGAGUAGAACGUUUCGUGUUAAACAACGCCAUCUAUUCUUGGAGCUUUUGGGUCGGGCACAGUAUAAUCCUAAAUUAGAAGGCUACAUUUCACCUAAAGCUAUUGUUUCUGGCACAGAUUCUGAAUUUUGUCAGGCUGUAGCCAAGUCAUCGGUUGAAGCAUUCAACAUAUUUCUCAAAUCAAUUUAAACAUGAAAUAAUAUGAAUUUCAUUUUAAAAAAUCUGACAGAGCUCUGGAGCUUGCAUUCGCAUAGCAAACUUAUAUAAAUAAAGAAAUUAACCUGUUGAAAGGAAAUAUUGUCUUAUCAAAAAUGUCCAUAUUGGUAAAUUUGUAAUAACGGAAUGUGACGGUGUAUUACAAAAAUGUUAAGCCAUUUAAAUUCUCAUUUAGAUUGGACAAUUUUAACAUAAUAUAAUUUUCUUUUUGAGACAUUAAACAGCGUUGCUGAUCGAUCUUUUUAAUGGUAACAAUUUGUUUUCUUUGAGGUAAAUACAGAAUUUCAUUUAUGAAUUCUGGUUGCCAUGACAUCUGAUCAAUAUCUAUUCUGCUGAAAAUCCUUGUUAAAUAUCACUAUCUGAAUACAAAAUCUGUCCUUUAAGUACGUCAUCUUGAAUACUUAAGCUACUCACACAAAUAAAAGAUCAUUUAAUAAAA